UACCAAGAGGGUGUUCCAUCCCGGCUAGUGCAGUGAUAGGAGAGUAAUGCUUGUUUAAUACUUAUGCUAGAUGAACAUGCAACCCAGUGAAGUAACUUGCCGAGACUCACAUAACUGUGACUCAGGGAGGGAGCAGGGACUCUAGGUUCUUAAACUGGAAUCCAGAGGACCUGCUUCCAAAUGCAUGCACAGCAGGGCACCUCUCAUUUCUGGAAUAUCUCCAGGGACUCUGCCCUGCUACUGAGCCUCUUGUGUGAGAAAGGGGCUGUGUUCACAUUUGAACACAAGGGGGCGCUGUGACCACAUCUGCGCACCAAAACUGGGUAUCCAGCCCAGGCCCAGACAGCACUGGAUCUAGAGAAGCCUGAAACCUCUGAGUUUUCAUAAAGAUGAUGUGUCCUUCCUUGCCUUGCACAGACUCUGAGCAUGAGACCCGGUAACGCAGCUAAACUGCAGAAACUGCUCAGGACAGAGCCUAAAGGCUGGAGAGGAAGAAGAAAGGGGCUGGGAAGAUGGAGGCCAGAGAAGGAGAGAGAGGAAAAGAAAUAAAAAGAAGGAACACACAGCUGUAAUGUACUGCAACAGUUCGAUACUGACAGGUGUCGCCAUAGCCCAGAGCCAAGGAGAUCAUAAAAUUAUUGGUGGCUACAGAUGUGUCCGGAACUCCCAGCCAUGGCAGGUCGCUCUGCAAGCAGGGCCUGGGCAUCGCUUCCUGUGUGGAGGAGUCCUGUUGUCAGAUCAAUGGGUCAUCACUGCUGCUCAUUGUGCCCGCCCGAUUCUUCAUGUAGCCCUGGGCAAGCACAACAUAAGAAGGUGGGAAGCGACUCAGCAGGUGGUGCGUGUGGCCCGCCAGGUGCCACAUCCCCAGUAUCAACCCCAGGCCCACGAUAAUGACCUCAUGCUGCUGAAGCUGCAGAAAAAGGUGCGGCUGGGACGAGCAGUGAAGACCAUCUCUGUGGCCAGCUCCUGUGCCAGCCCAGGGACUCCCUGCCGAGUGUCGGGCUGGGGAACCAUAGCCAGUCCCAUUGCCAGGUACCCCACUGCUCUGCAGUGUGUGAAUGUCAACAUCAUGUCGGAGCAGGCAUGCCAUCGAGCCUACCCUGGAAUCAUAACAUCUGGCAUGGUCUGUGCUGGGGUCCCCGAAGGCGGGAAGGACUCCUGUCAGGGUGAUUCUGGGGGACCCCUGGUGUGUGGGGGACAGCUCCAGGGCCUUGUGUCCUGGGGAAUGGAACGUUGUGCUAUGCCUGGCUACCCAGGAGUCUACGCCAACCUGUGCAAUUACCACAGCUGGAUCCAGAGGACAAUGCAAAGCAACUGAUCACCCAUCACCAUCUGAUCAUCCCCAGCUGUCUCUGUGCUUUCAUGGUCUCCUCCAUUAGACAUUUGAGUCCUCCCCAAGACACUUGAGUCCUCCUUAGCUCUUCUUCUUCUUCUUCUUCUUCUUCUUCUUCUUCUUCUUCUUCUUCUUCUUCUUCUUCUUCUUCUUCUUCUUCUUCUUCUUCUUCUUCUUCUUCUUCUUCUCACUUGAGACUCCAGACCCUAGCCUCUUACUUCAGGCCCAGGCCCCUGAGGUCCCUGGCUCCUUCCCUCAGACCAGCUUCCUCCCUCAGACCCAAUAGCUUUGCCUUUAUUCCAGGCUCCACCUUCCGUCCCCGUCCCCGGGUCUUGGCUCUGGAAUCUCUCUCACAGCUUGUUGUCACAGUUUGAGACUCACUGAGCCCAGAGGCUGGAGUGCAAAUGCUCUGCAUCAAUAUCUUCAUCCAAAGACGUCUGCUUCCAAAACUCUUACUGUCUCUAGAAUCCAAA